AUCGACGGCAAGAUGGCCCGCACCGCUCUUUUGCUCGCCGCGACGGCGACGUGCGCGUCCGCGCUCGUGGCGCCUGUUUCCCAGACGACGUCCCUCACCUCCAUGCACGAGAAGUCCGCGUCCAUGCCGUUCCUCGAGGCGAGCCCGAACCUCAAGGGCUACAUCGGCGGCGAGAAGGGCUUCGACCCGCUGGGCCUGUCCUACUGGGUGCCCAUGGACUGGCUCCGCGAGAGCGAGCUCAAGCACGGCCGCGUCUGCAUGCUCGCGACGCUGGGCUUCGUCGCCACGGACAUGGGCUUCGUGCUCCCCGGCGAGAUGCACCAGGUCUCGUCGAUCGGCGCGCACGACGUCGCCGUGGCCCAGGGGUCCAUGACGCAGAUCACCAUCUUCAUCGCCAUCUGCGAGUGCAUCGGCUACCUCGCCAUCCUCGAGAUGCUCGACGGCUCCGGGCGCAAGCCGGGCGACUUCGGCUUCGACCCGCUGCAGAUCGGCGGCGGCGACGACCCGGAGAUGCAGCUGCGGGAGAUCGAGAACGGCCGCCUCGCCAUGCUCGCCUUCGCCGGCAUCGUCACCCAGGCCGUGCUCACGGGCAAGGGCUUCCCCUACUUCUAGGGCGCGCGCGGUUCCGGGCGGGCGCUCGGCGCCCGGCCUCUUCGCGGCGGCGCCUCCGGUCCGCGCUCGUCGCCGGCGGUGCCCAAGCGGAGCACGCCGGCGUCGGGAGGGGCCGGGGCGACACCGCGGCGGGCCGGGCCGCCGGUCGCGGCCGCGCGGCGCCGGCGGGCGCCGCGCGGGACGGUCCACUCCUCUGAUAAAAACAUCCUCCUC